UUUGUUGGUAUGCAUUUAUUAUUUAGUUUCAAUCAAAAAAAUUUAGCCCAAAUGUUAGCCCAUUUUAAAUAUGCGCAACAAUUAUAUUUAUUUUGAAAGCCAUGGAAAAGUCAUUAAAAUGCAAAUGUUACAUGUGUGGUCAUAUAAAAAUGUUCAAUUGCAUUGCUUCCUGUAAAAGACUGAAUUUAGGAGUAGUAGUUAAUAGUUAUAUUAUGUUAAAAGACUGAAUUUAAGAGUAGAAAUCUGUUACUUCUAGACAAUCUUUGAGAAAUUUUAUUUGUAACCCUUUUUCAUACAACAUUAGAAGUUUUUGUCUUAGGUUUGAUGUAGAUUUGACAGAUCUCUAACUUAAUUGCUUUGGAUCAAUUAACCUAUAUUUUUGGGUUUUUGUUAUGCAACUUUCAAUUGUUAUUGUUUUAGUCUUGUUUACUUUACCAAAUGUUUAUUUUUAAAGUACCUCAGUGGUUUUCAAAAGAUGUUUUUUUUUCAAGAUACUUUGUGGUUGGUUUCAACAUGACUGGUGCUUGUUCAUUGUUUCCUUUUCUUUUGACAUUUUCAAUAUGAAUAAAAUAUUAUUUGCUUAAAGACAACCUAACUGUAUUAUAAACGUAAAUAAAUGUAUAUAAAUAUUUAACUUUAAACAAAAAUAAAUAUCAAGUAACUACAUUCUGCUUAAUCAGGCCUUCACAGCAAGGGAUGUAUUUGCACACCAUUAUAUGACCAUGCAAAUAAUAACUUUGUUUUGACAUUUGAUCAUGGUUGUCAACAUGUCUUUAGAAUUUGAACAUUUUAAAAAUGCCCAAAAAACCCAGCAAAAAAAACAUCUAAAAAUAAAAUUAAAACUCAGCUAAAAUAAAACGCUAAGAUUAUUUAAAUCAGAUUGUAAUUAUGUUUGGAAUAAUAAACUUUGAAUCUUUUAUCUUCCAUAGAUGAGUUUUUUUCGGGAAUUCCCGGAAUUCCGGAAAUUCACAUCAAGUUUCCGGGAAAUUCCGGAUGCUUUUUGCUAUUGAUUUGUAAAAAGUUAUAUAAAAUUUUAAAUACGACAUGGUUUGCAUUUAAGCAAUUAUGUUUUCUAUAAAUGAAAUUUUCACGAGAUCAAUUUUUUCAAAAUUUUUUUUUCUUUUUAAUUCAUUCAAAUUAACUUUUUCGAAUAUUAGAAAUUCUUUUUCUUAAGAAGUUAAUUGAUGUAAAUUCCGUUUUAAACGUUUGCAAAAGAUCUUGUGUUAAAAAUUACUAUCAAGAAGAAAGAAAAGAAAAUGCAAGUUAAGAGUUUAUCUGACAUUUCUGAGAUAGACAAAAAUAUUAAAAACAAGUUUCGCUGGAAUUGGCUUCAAGAGAAAGACUAUAAUGAUGAGCAUUAUUCAGCCUAUAUUACAAAGAUAAAUAAAGCCGGAGCGGUACGAUGUACAAUAUGUAAUAAAGACUUUUAUUAUGGAAGUGAAGGUAAAAAAUCUUUACUCAGUCACUCUAAGUCUAAAAUGCAUCGUCAAAACUGCGCAAUGAUUAAGUCCAACGAAGCCAUACCGUCGUCAUUUUUUACUAAUUUAAAAAAAAAAGACAUGUGUAUAUUGCCAUAUGGCACUCCGGAUAACGUGCAUAUUGGCAGUACUUGCACAAAGAGAGUAAAGCCUACCAUUAAACCUAUUGUAAGUUUUAGAGACAGGACAUCAAAUGCAGAAGCUAUGACACUCACAUUUAUUUGUGAACACAAUCUUCCAAUAUCUUUAACAUCCCAUAUGAUUGAAUACGCAAAGGAAAUGUCUAAAGAUCAUCGUGUUUUAAAAAAUUUGAAAAUGUUCAGAACAACUGCUUCGUAUAAGCUUCGAGAAGGAUUAGGUGAAGCUUUUCAUGCUGAGCUUGUUUUUGAUAUGAAAAUAAAAAUGUUCUCCCUUAACAUAGAUGAGUGCUUCUCGGCAAAAAAUGAGAAGGUUCUCAGUAUACUCUUAGCAUAUUUUUGCGACAAAACUAAUAAAGUUGUAUUAAAGCACUACGCGUCAUUAUCGCUUGUUACGGUAAAUGCCGAAAGUCUUUUUAAUGCUGUUAUUUAUUUAACAAAGACGCAAUUCCAUUAAGUAAUCUUGUUUCCAAUUUAUCAGAUUCUACCAAUUAUAUGAGAGGAAAAAUCAGUGGGUUUGAAACAAGGUUAAGAAAAGCGGUUCCUCACUUACUUGAUAUUGAUGGUGAUAUUUGUCAUCAUGUGCAUAAUGUUGUCAAAAAAUUUACUUCUUUUUUCGGCAAGGUAGUUGAAAACUUACUGGAUGAUAUCUACAUUGAUUUUAAAUAUAGCCCAGAUCUUCGUACAUUUCUGAAAAAAAUCUAUCAAAUCACAGGUGUCACAUACAACACUCCAAAGCAAAGGGUUUGUCAUCGAUGGUUGUCUGUUUUAGAUUGCACUCUUCCUAUGCUUGAGAUGAUGCCUGCUUUCACCUUAAUUUAUUCUUCUUGGCUAUCAAAACAAGACAUCUCUCUGUAUAAAGAUGAAAGUGACAAAAUUUUAAAGAGGCUAUCAAAUCAAAGUAAGAAACUAAUAGAAAAAAUAAAAUGUAAAAUGCAGCAGAAAAAACUAACAAAACAAGGUGCAGAAAGAAAAGCUAGAAUUGUUAAAAGUUUAUUUUUCCGACGUAAUGAAACAUUACUUUAUAUUAAUUUGUACGUUGAAAUUCUUCCUAUUUUUAAAUCAUUCAUUUUAACUUUUGAACAAAAAGAACCGUUAGUCCAUCGAAUUUAUGAUGAGCAAAUUGAACUAGUGAAAACAAUUUUAACUUGUUUUAUUAAGCCAAAGAUGAUAAAAAAUAUAACAGGAGAAAAGUUGAAGUUUUUAAACCUGAAAGAUAAAAAAAUGUAUCGCCAUUCGAACUACAUAUACCUUGGAAGUAAUGCUGAAAAAUAUUUGUCAAGAAUACUUAUUCGAAAUCCUGAUUUCAAAUCAUCGUUUUUAAAGACCUUGCUAAAAGCUUACCUUGAAUCGUCAGUUUACUUACUUAAUAAAUUACCCUUUAACAACCCUUUAUUAAAAUGCCUCUCUGCGAUCGACCCAAUGUCUCAAGGUCACGAAAUUACAGAGAGAAUGCUAAAAAAACUCAACUUUCUUUCCCUCUGUAGAUAUAAAUAAAGUAAUAUUUAAUCGAGAAGUUAUGCAGCUUCAGAUAGAUAUAGCGCUUCCACCCGUAUUUGAUGAUGGGAAGCCCGUACGUCUUGACUAUUGGUGGGCUGAAGUUUUUAAGUGUAAAAAAUAUUUAGAGCUUAGUAAGAUUAUCAAGGCAUGCUUAAGUAUUUUUAGUAGUCCUCAUGUUGAGCAAUCUUUCAGCAUGAUGAACACCAUAGUUAACAAAAAGACAAACUGUCUUGAUACUUUAACGUACUCUGCUAUAGCUUCAGUUAAGUAUCAAUUAUUAGCAAACGAGACCACAGCAGUAGGGUACUUUAAAAGGCGAGAUAUAUUGCAUGACCCAGUUAACAAAAAUAUCUGUGGUCAUUUGCAAACUGCAAGCAAACGCUAUAAUAAAAAAAUGAAAUUCCAUCAGAAAAAUAGAAAAGUUGAAGAAAGAUUUUUAAAUAUAAAUUCAACGUCGAAAAAAAAAAUUGCCUUACAUGAACAGUGCAAAAAAGUUAAAGAAUCUAUUAUUGAUCAUGCAAAAAAGUGCAGAAAAAGAAAAGCUGACGAAUGCUUCACAACAGAAAAUUAUAAGAAAAAAAAGUAUUGAUUCCUGACAUUUA